AUGCCGAAGAAGCGUACGAGUAUUUUGUCUGUAGGAUUCGCCGGCGAUAAGUCAGCCAACACACCAAUCAACGUUGGUAGCCAUGGGGGCCCGGCAAAGGGCUCACCUUCAGCUGACGGAGCUUCCAUCACUCCGGCUGCUUCGGACGCCGUCACCGAGGCCUUGGAGCAGACAAUGCAGGCAGCCAGGCUUCAGCUGGCCUCAGCUCGCGAGUUUGAGGCCCGCGGUGACAGGCUGCGAGCGAUUGAGAUCCUGCUCAAAAUGCAGCCACCGGCAUCGGGUGCAUUGGCAGCCGCGGCAGAGGUUAAGGGUCAUUUGCUCAUCUAUGAAAAGGCCUGGAUACAUGCCAGUCGACUUGCUGAGAAUUUUCUCUCCAACGAGACUAUCGAGAAAGUGUCCGAGCUUGCAGCAACUCGCCUCAUGACAAUCAAGGUGGGAUCUUAG